UGGGUUCUCACUCAGCGAAAACGCGUCCGAUAGGCCACAUGCAAAUUUGCCCAACUCUCUUAGAUAAACUAAUUUUACUUCAAGAAUGAGUUCAAAUGAUUUUGUUGACGCCCAGCCAGUCCCUCCCGUAGAGGCUUCAAUUCUAAACCAAGCGACUAACGCAACAUCAUCGGCAACGCAGUCACAGCAAUCGACAAGCAACUUUUCAAGCCAGGAUUGCGUGGAUUACCCUAUUACCAUCGUACCUGUAGAUAAAGACACCCGAUGCUACGAUAUGAACCACAAGAGACGCGGCGAUGCAUACAUUUUUCAUCACACAGAAUUCGAUUUGAAUUUACAGUUAGACAAAAGAGAAAACGACGGGGACUUGCUCAAAAGGUUAUCUAAUGUUUUAGAUGAUCGUUUGGAGUUCACAGUUAAGGUUUUUACAAACUUGAAAUACAAAAAAAUCUGCAAGGAAAUCACGAAAGCGGCAAACGCAAACCACCAGAACAGCGACUGCAUUCUGUUUGUCUUCAUGACUCACGGAUUCAACGAUAAGCUAUAUGCCCGUGACACGCACUACAAUCUCGAUCCAUUGCGAUUACUGUUCACCGCUGAAAAAUGUCGCACUCUUGCAGGAAAACCAAAAAUAUUCAUCGUCCAGGCGUGUCGAGGUGAUUCGGUGGACGGGGGAACCCUUAUCCCCCUUCGUGCCAACCGUAGUAUUAGCGCAAGUGCAAUGGAUGGGCCAAACAUUCCAUACAAAUUAUCAACACACGCAGAUUUUUUAAUCGCAUAUGCUACUGUUUCUAAUUACGGCGCUUACCGAACCUGGUUCCUCGAAUCUCUUUGUAACGUCUUGGACUCGGAGGAAAACCAAGAAGACGAUUUCCUCUCCAUGAUGACAACUGUCCAAAGAAAAGUUGCCAUUUCAUUCGAAAGCGAACUUGGGGAAAAACAGAUCCCAUCUUUAACAAGUUUGCUCACACGCAAAAUUUACUUUACGCGAAAGAAAAAGCCUCGAAAUUCGCUGACGAACAGAAUGUCAUGCAUAAAUUCGAAUGUUUCCGAAUAAUAUGUGGCAUAUUUUCUGAUGCAUUUAAAUGGACACUGAAAAUUA